AUGCUUUCUUCAGUGCCGUUAAAUAUCUAUCGUCAAGCUGAGAGUUUUAACCUCCUUCGUGGGUUUCUCUUUAGGAAUGUGGUAGCAGCAAUGUUCCUUGAGAAUAACAAUAACUUGCUGCACACAGCGGCGAAGUUGGCUCCUCCUUCCCAACUUUACCGCAUCCCUGGCGCCGCUUUGCAAAUGCAAAGGGAAUGGCAGUGGUUUAAGGCGGUAGAGAGUAUGGUGAAUCUUGGAAUUGAGCGUCGUCAUAACAAAGACAAGUUGACUCCUCUGGACUAUUUCAAAGAAAACCAUAAAGAACUCAGGAACAAUGGUGAGAAAUGGAUGAAAGAUACUGCAACUUCUUGCUCAGUUGUUGGUGCUCUAAUUGUCACCAUUAUGUUUGCUGCAGCUUUUACUGUUCCUGGUGGAAAUGAUCAAACAUCUGGGCACCCAAUAUUUUUGAAAGAAAAGUUGUUCAGAGUUUUCUUAAUUUCAGAUGCAAUGUCCUUGUUUGCUUCUACUUCUUCAGUGCUUACAUUUGUAGGAAUUCUUACAUCACGUUAUGUAGAAGAUGACUUUCUUUACUCCUUACCUACAAAAUUGAUCAUAGGCCUCUCUGCACUUUUUCUCUCAAUUGCAACUAUGCUGAUAGCCUUUUCCUCAGCAAUGAUCAUCAUGUAG